AGUGGAAAAUUAUUUACAGAUUUUACUGCUUGUUGUCAGUUGUUGUUCUCUGCUCCAAAAAAGCACUUUUCUGAUUUAUUAAAAUUCUAGUUCUUUUUGAACCACGUUUAUUUUAAUUAAAAUAAAAUUACUUGCUAAUCGGAGAUCAAGACACAAAAAACAUGACACGUGGAAAUCAACGUGAAUUGGCACGUGCAAAAAAUAUGAAAAAGAACGUUAAGAAAACUGCAGGUGAACAAGAAAGCAAUAAAGGUUUAACUUUAGAGCAGCGAAAACAGCGAGACGCAGAUCGAAUGAGGGAAAAGCAACAGAAAAAGGUGCAGGAUCCAUCACAAAAUGUAACGUCUACAUAAAUGUAAAUAAUUAUAGAAAAAAAAAAAAGCUUGACAAACAACAAAUGCAUAAAUAAUACAGGUACUUUAGUAUUGAUUACAAGAAUUGCACGAAUGGAAUACUUAAUUUAAUUUCUUUAAAAAAAAAAAAAUCUUUUCUUUCGUUUAAAAAAAGUGAAAAAUUUCAAUUUUAAAAUGUUUCAAAAUUUCUUGUUUGUCCCUCAUGGUAUGUGCAAAAUAAUUAUAAAAAUGUGAAUGAAAUUAUUACUUGUUUACAAAUUUGACUGGUAUUAAUUAGUAAUAGGAAAAUAAAUUAUUGAUAAAUACCUUAAGUAGUUUACUUGUACAUUUAAUUCUCAGUUUACUUAGAAUGUAAUCGAAUUGAUCUUCAGUAAGAUAUAAAAAUAAGAAAGUGAAUGUAUAGCCAGCAAAUUUGGUUUGUAAUAAAUAGUUCAAAUUUAAAUAUAAUUAAUUUUUUGAAUCAUA